CAAAGGCAAAUCGUUGUUCUAAAGCUUGGGAGCUGUACUGGAAGAAGCCCGAUUAUCCUGCAGAAAAUGAGCCUUAUCCUCCGAGUAGUCAGAAGAAGGCGAUCCGAAGAUCUAAGGGACCUCGUUGGAGAAUACACAUGGAUCAGCUGCUGGGGGUCAAGUACCGGCCGUGCGAGUCUCACAACCCCACCAGGACCCUGGGGGGGCCCCCUCUCAGCUCCCUACCGCCCACUGCCAUCAUCUUUCACCAUCCCCUCCCCCCAAUGCAAAUCAAUCACCAGUGAUGUCACACUCCUCACCCCCACCAUAAUUAGUGCAAUUGAGGGUCAUCAUUGUAAAUUGGGUGAUUAAUAUAAUUAAGGGCUCUUGUUAAACAAGCAAGUUAACACUGUUGGCUUGCGCGGGAGGAGCCGCUCUUGAGUCGGGCCCUGGGACCACCCUGGCCCCGGCUGGAGACUCAACCCUGGGCCCCCACAGCACCCGCUGAUAAUUGGGCCAUUACUCAUUAAUCGCCGUUAAUUAACGGAUCACGAGCAAUGAGCAUGGGACCCCGCCUCGAGCCGCCCGGUCACGAUAUAAAUCCCGGGACACGAGCACCGACCAGCCACAGCAUCCGUUCGUUGCCUCUUCCAUUCUUCCAGAUCCACGUGCGUCUCCAGACCCGGCAUGAGCUACUCAGACCAUCAGCGCCCAUUGAGCGAUCCUUCUCACUGGCCCUGCAAGCCGCAUCCCUCGCCGUGCUGCCCGUCGCCCCCGCGGUGUCAGUGGGUGUGCAAGUCGCACCCGAUGUGGCCCCAGCCCAAGCCCUACCCAGCGCCGCCGCCGCAUCCCUACCCACCGCCUCAAUGGCCCUGCAAGGUCGGGGCCAGCGGGCGUCCUCAGCUGGAACAGCAGCAGCAGGAGGAGGAGGAUGAGGAGGAGGUGGGGUGCGGCUCUCUGUGGAAGCGGUGGGGCCAUAGUUCCAGGGGCGGUUCCUCAAAGGGCCCUCAGUGCUGCCAGACGCAGCAAUGUUGCCAGCGGCCCGUGAAGCAGUGCUGCUUUGGAAAAGGAGGAAGCAACGGCGGCAUGGGAGGAGGUAACUACGGCUACAAGUGAAGCGAGAGAGGUCGGGGCCCCAGCACCCACGGUCUUCUGGCUCCACCUCAGUGGCUGCUGUCUCUGAGCGGUGUGCACCGCUCUUGAGCGCUCCCCCGUGCCCCCACCCCCCUCAAUAAAAACCCGCAUCUCGCAGUGACCUCGUGUCUGGUACCUCCGUGAGUCAAGUCAUUUAUUCACGUGGUUAUUCAAUAUAAGUGCAGCGCGAUUGGUAUAAAAAUAAUUCAAUAUAAAAACGCGAUCAACACUA